CAACAUUACCAUGAAGCUCACUGGUGCUCUGGUGAUCCUCGGGGCUACCCUGCUCCUCCUAACUUCAGGAGGAGAUUGUGGCAUUUGUCCAGCUAUAAAACAGGAUGUUCAUCUAUUUUUUUACAGGACCCCAGAAGAGUAUGUUAAGUAUGUGGAAAAAUACAAAGAUGACCCUGAAACACUGGAAAAUACUGAAAAACUCAAGAAAUGUGUCGAUAGGACAUUGACGCAGGAAAACAAGGAACAUGCGGCUGCUUUCAUCGAAAAAAUAGAAGCCAGUCCGUCAUGUUGAUGGCUACAUCUUUGCUCUCAAGGAAGCCACUUGUAUGAUUACCUGCAUAGAUGCAGCAAGCCCUACCCCUUCUCUCAGGUGUCUAAGAACAGGAAUCCAACAAUAAAAGCCUUGCAAU